AUGCGGCAGCCGUUGCCCGGUAGACGAGACCACAACCAUUCACGAAUCAACUUGUUCCAGUGCGAGUUAGGGCUAGGAGAAUGGAAACAGGCUCAGACUGCCAUGAGCUCUCGAGAUUCGGCGCGUGAAGAAGCGGCUGCAUUGCAGCAGCAUGGCCAGAAACUAUAUCAGCAAGGUAGUUUUGAGGCGGCAGUAGAAGUUUUUACCGAGGCAUUAAGAGCAAAAGAUGCCAAUCAUCUAGGUAUCCUGGACAAUCGUGCUGCCACAUAUGCUAAGCUAGCGCAGUAUGAUCGAGCGUUGCGCGAUGCUAAACAGAUGAUCAAGAGCCAUAAGCAGGAUGACCGCGGAUAUCUUCGCGCAGCGAAGACCCUGCUCUUGGAUGGGAAAGCUGACAAGGCCUUGGAGCUGUAUGCCUACGGUCUGAAGGUUCUACCUACCAGUCAUCCUCGUCGUCAGCUCAUAGAACAGCUUCACAACAAAUUGAGAGACAAGAUGACUGUGAAGUGUUACGAUCCUUUCAGUGUACUGCCUUUGGAACUCGCAAGCUUGGUCCUGCAGCAUUUUGAAUUCAAACAGAUUGUGGCUAUUCUGCGCGUGUCAAAGAAAUGGGACCAGUUUCUUUCCUCCAUGCGUGAUCUAUGGAUGCGGGUUGAUUUUUCCAGCGCUCGGGGCAGGAUACAUUGGUCCUCCGUCCGAGCUUAUAUCCGGCGAUCUAAAGCCAUGCUUACUCACGUUACCUUAAAGAAUAUAUCCACUCCUUCAACACAAAGAGUUCUGGAGUUUGUGAGCCGAUGUCCAAGGUUAGAACACUUGGAGUUGCUGGAUCCCUUCAACUAUCAAGUAGUUUACGACCUAUUCAAGGGCUCCAAACGCCUGAGAAGUCUUGUUAUAUCGGCAGAUACAGCUAUACCACAGGAGUAUAUCGCCAAGUUUCUCGCCUGCUUGCCCCUUCUCGACCGAAUCGAGGUUCACAAGGCCAAGUCCUCACCCCAGUCGAAGGCACAAUGGCCGCCCAAUCUCUCUCAUCUACGAAGCAUUACCCUGGGCUCCGUAGAGCCGUCAAGACCAACGGGCCAUGUUCCUGCCCUCUAUAUUCCACGCCAAGAACCCUCACUUCCCUUCCCAAUUCCCAAUUUGGAAGAGCUGCGGCUUGAUUCCAAUCCAGAAGUCUUCAUCCCCUAUCCCCCUUCAUUCAACCCGCUAGAUUUUCAGCGACUGAAAAAGUUGGACCUUAGUGGGGUAUUUGUGGGUAACGAAUUUGCCUUGCCGUCUAGCCUUGAAUACCUUCGUGUCCGCGGCGGCGCAGGGACUGAAGAGUUCCCAUUUUCAAACGAGUUGCCCCUCAGAUUCCCGAAUCUUACUACCUUAAUCCUUCACGACGUCCCUUGGGUUACAAAUCAGACGCUCUUUUUUUUUUUACUGGAGGCUCAGGCCCCCUUAAAGGUUCUUCAUGUAGACAAGUGCUUUCGACUCCUUGGCCCCAGCCUUGCCCAGUUCCUGUGGGAACACGCAAAGGAGCUGGCGGAACUCAGUGUCUCGUACAUAUCUCACAUCGAUGACGCGGUUGUGGCCAUGAUCGCCGAAAAAAUACUGACAUUAAAAGCCAUCAACCUAUCCUAUACUGAGAUAACCGGUUGCUCAAUCAAGGCAUUCGCAGAUGCCCGUUCUCCGAGAUCUAACCCUGCGCAAAUCGAGCGCAUCUGUGCAAAGGGCUGUGAGCAGGUCUCGUCCGAUGCAGUGGCUUAUGGGCGGGCAGCUGGGAUUGCGAUUUUAUAUGAUCAGAAGCGUUUCUAG